AUGGGAAAAUAUGAAAAAAUAUUGGAUCCAAUUGCCAGAACUGUACUUUCUAAAGAUCAGCUUCAAUAUUUAUCAUUCAAAGCUUUCUUUACACACAUUUUGCUUCAUGAAGUUGCACAUUCAAAUGGUCCACAUUUUAUAGUCGGAUCAGAUGGUAAAGUUACUGUUAGGUCUAAAUUGCAAGAAUAUCAUUCCGCAAUUGAAGAAGCAAAAGCAGAUAUUGCUGGUCUUUUUGCAGCUGCCCAUUUAAUUAAAAUAGGACAUUUGAGUGGCAUAUCUAGAGAACAAUUUUAUGCUACUUAUUUAGCUUCAGCUUUUAGAUCUAUUAGAUUUGGAAUCAAUGAGGCUCAUGGAUUAGGACAAUGUAUUCAAUUAAAUUAUCUAACUGAACAAGGAGGUUUUGAAUACGAUCCAGCAAGUAAAAAAUACAAUGUGAAUUUCGAUAAGAUUGAAAAGUCAGUUGAGAAUUUAACUAGGGAUAUAUUGAUUUUACAAGGCGAUGGCGAUAAAAAUAAAGUUAAGGAGUUCGUUGAAAAAUACGGGAAUAUUAAUGAAGCACAACAGGAAACUUUGAAUCAACUGGAGGAUAAAAAUGUUCCGAUUGAUGUUCGACCAGUUUACGAAAUUGAAAACGAUCAUAAUAUUUUUG